AUGGUGGUGGUUAACAACAAGGGUCAGACGGUGGCGCCAGAGAGCCGCGCAAACAGCCUUGUGAGCGAGGCCAUCAGCACCACGAGCAGCUCGUCCUGUGCGGGAGGCCAGUUGAGGAUACAGGUUGAUCAGCUAGAGCACAAGCUCAGGCAGAGGACACAGGCUGCAGGAUCCCUCAGCCUUAAGAACAUGUUCAAGAGCAACAAUCCAGACGGCAAAGCCGCAGUCAACAGGCUGCACCUCUCUGAGAAGGCUGUGAUUGGCUUCGAUGAGCUGUGCAGUGCCAUCCGAGAGCCGGUGCUCACCGACCCGGCCGCCUGGCUGUCCCCAGCUCGGCCUGCCAACCCAGGGGCUCUGCUGCGGGCCUCCCAGGCCCUCUCCCUCCUGCGCGGCCCAGCCAGAACCAGAUUUCUGGAGGCUGUGGAAUAUCUCCCUGUCCAGGGGCCAAAGGGACCUGGCUGGAUCGUAGCUGCAGAACUGAAAAGUAUUCUGGAACAGCUUGAGUUACACAUGGAGGAGUCCGAGUUUGACAAGUUGUGGAAGAGGUUUGAUAUCGAUGCACUAGGAGCUGUGAGACUCAAGGUUUUACUUAAGAAACUUGGACUUUGUAAAAGAAAGAGACUGGACUCCAUCGAUGAUAACAUUCCGAAAAGCACGAUACCACCCCAAAAUGAAGAUGUGAAAACCACAGGGCGGCCCAGGACCCUGUCCAAGGCGGAGGAGGACCGCCAUGUCUCCAUCACCAUGGAGACCUGGCUCAAGGACAGGUUCAGGGAGGGUGUUCAGAAAAUGAAGGUGGAGUUCGAACGACUGGACCCUGAGCAUUCUGGGAAGGUGGGAGGGGAGGAGUUUCUGCAGGUGCUGAGGUGCUUUAACCUGCGUCUGAAGCGGGAGCACCUGGGCCUCUUCCUGGCCCGCUGUGGCGUGGAGCUGCGCCGGGACGGCGUCGACUACCCACAAUUCCUGCUCCGCUUCCUGGAUCGCAGCCAAGACGGGCUCACGCACAGCAUCCUCUCCAACCCUAAGCACAGGUUUCAUCAGGCAGAGAACAUGAGCCAUGCUUCCUCCAUCACAGCUGUGGAGGCCAAACUGACUCAGCUGUUCCAGUCUGAGUACCUGUCCCUCCUGCAGACUUUUCAGUGA